AUGAAAAGUCUUUCUAAAAUGGAAGAAAUGUUUCUUGGCUAAUCAACAAGUUAAUCUCCCACAAAGACAUUUCAAAAACCUAGGAAAUAUGAUAAACUCAUACAUAAAACUACAUAGAUUCCACGAAUCUCAAUAUAAAGACUUGUUGAGUGUAUGGAUUAAGAUAAUGAUGGUUGGAUUAAGAAAGAAGACAUAUUAAAAUUCAGUUAGAAGCAUUAUUUAUUUUUUGAAGAAGAAGUAAUAUUAUGAUAUCAAAUUUUAAGUUAGCUUAAGCGAUGAUUGAUGAAGCAUUAAGUAAAAGAAUUGUUGCUUUUAAGGAUUAGCUAAAAGAGCCAAUAAAUGUUGAUGAAAUAUUAGGAGCAGGUAAUGAAUAAGUAAUUAAUAUAAGUUUAAAUUCAUUAUGUAUUGAAUGAGAAUCAUGUUUGGAUUGAAAAGCCAAGACCUUUUAGAGAUAAAUGGGUGUAAUUAUUAUUGGCAGCAGGAGAAAAAUUACCAACAGGACAUGAUCUACCUCCAGUGAAAAUCACAAAAAUACUUGAUAUGCAUGAAAUGAAUCCAUUUCAAUACAAACCAAAGUUAAAUUGUUCUCAAUCUUAAAUUAUUCAUACAUCUUAAUUAAAAGAGAUUCAUAAAUUUAAUAAGGAUAAACCUGAGGCUGGAAUAAUUUUAUAAGAGACAGAUUUAAUUAAACCAAUAAAUAAUGGAAUAAUAAAAUAGGAAGAGAAAGAUAAUCCUUUUGAAAAAGUAAUCAAUUCUAAAUUGUAAAUAAAAUUUAUUAUAAUAGUUACAUAAAAGAUUAAAAUGAAUUUCCAACAAUUAAAUUUGAGACUUAAUCUUAUUUUAAUGAAGCAGAAAGAUUAAGCAAAGAAUAAAAAUUAUGUAGAACUGGUAGAAAUCCUAUUCUAAAAUUUAUGCCUGAAAACUUAAAUUAUAAAGUAGAAAACUCUGAUUCUUAAAGAAAAAGUAAUGAAUUUUAAUUAAAUUAAACUACUGCUGCAAAAUAUUUAUCUUAACCUGUAUUAUUAAGGAAACCAUAUUAUGGAUUAUCAGAUACAGCUUUAAUUAAUAGUGAAUAGAAAUAUUUUUAACCAAAAAAGUCAAUUGAUAAUAAUAAUAAUGAAUGUGAUAAAUAAAUAUUUUAUGCUACAUUUAAACCAGAAGAUGUUAUGACAUUAAAGAAUAAAUUAGCAAAUUUAAAAUAAAGAGAAAAAGAAAAAUUAGAAGAUUUUUAUAAUCCACCAUCAACUCAUAAAUUUAGAGAUGAAUAUUUAGAUAAAAAUAAACCUUUAUUUAAAGUAAAUUUAUAAAUAAAUUAAGACAAGAAUUAAACCUGAUUCCUUACCUAAUCCUCAUCUAAUGUCAGAACAUGAUCAAAGACCUUAAUUUGCAAUUGAAGAAGAUUUAAAAAAAUAAUUAAAAGAAGAAUAAAAAUAAUAAUAAUUAAUUGAUGAUUAUAUGGGUACAUUCAAAUAAAGUAAAUAAUGGACCAAAUAUUUCCCUACUACAGAUUUAAAUCAUAAUUUUGUAGAUCAUAAACGACCUAAUUUCUUAGACAAAGGUAAUUAUUAAGAACCAGGAUUAAUAAUGCUUCAAUUUUUAAGAGAAGGAGCAAGUGCAAAAGUAGAUAUUAAUUUAUAAUUUAGGAUAAUUUUUAAUUAUUUCAUAGAUUGUUGCGUACUAACGAUAAGCAUCUAUUUUUAGGAUAGUAAGUAGAUCCCAAUUGA